AUGAAUAGUGCACCCGAAUGUCAAGUUUUCAGGACUUGGAGAAAAAACGAGGUCGACCUUGUCUUCCAGAUCCAGAUCUGGGCGGCGGGAGUUCACCGGAGUUGGGGCUGCGCGAGGACCGGAGAAGAAGAGGAAGGCGCCGACGGGGUCGGGGAUGGCGGGGCCGGGUCGGUCUUGGCCGGAUCCGGUGGCGGGGUCGACGGGGAGGAGCGCGGCGCCGGGGCCAGCGGCUCGCGCUCCGGCGAGGUGCCGGCCGGCGGCGGCGCAGAGGGAGCCGGGUGGCGGAGGACACCGGCGGCGGGGCGGAGCUUCUCCGGCGGCGGCGCUCGGUGGCCGGCGACGGGGUCGAAGGGAGGUGCGGGGCGGCGCGCGCUCGGGCUGAGCCGUGGGUGGCUGGCGGCGGCGAACGGGCCCGCGCAGGGCUCGGCGGGCCUCGGUGGCCGCGGGCGCGAGGGGGGAGGCACGGGCGACGACGUGGCGGCGGCUGGUUCGACAGGGGCGGAGGCACGAUGA